AUGCCGAACGGUGCACGGAAAUCGAACCUGACAAAUUCGUAUUGCCCUGCAAAAUGGCAGAGUUUGCAGAGGUGGCGGUUUACUAGGGAAAGCUCUAACUUUCCUCAGUUUCUGCAAGUGCGUGCCCUGUUCAGGAAGCCACUGUUCAAUUUCUCGGCCAGACCGCCAAUUGCAAUGACAACAAUCCAACUGCACGGGAACCGCCUUUCGCCCUUCACAACCAAUAUCAUGGCUUGUUUCUACGAGAAGGAGAUCGAUUAUGAGUUCGUCUCUGUGGAUUUCUCAACGGGAGCUCACAAACAACCUCCUUUCCUCGCCCUCAAUCCGUUUGGACAAGUGCCUGCCAUUAGAGACAACGAUUUCACCUUAUUCGAGUCGAGAGCCAUCAUAAAAUACUUGGCGGAGAAAUACGAGGGGCAGGGUAGCAAUCUGAUGGGGAAAACCUUGCGCGAGCGGGCGGUAGUGGAGCAGUGGAGUCAAGUAGAGUCGCAGACAUUCAAUCCGCCGUGCAGUGCCAUUCUUGCGCAGAUCGUGUUCGGCCCCAUGUUUGGGGCAAAGACGGACCAGGCAAUUUUGGACACAAAUGUGGAGAAGUUGAGCAAAGUGUUGGAUGUUUACGAAGAGAGGCUGUCCAAGAGCCAGUAUCUGGCCGGGGAUUUCUUCAGCGUUGCAGAUCUUUCACAUCUUUCGCACAUAAAUUACCUGGUGAAUGUGGCCGCCAAGGGAGAUCUCAUUACCUCUCGCAAUAAUGUGAAUGCCUGGUGGGAACGCAUUUCCUCUCGCCCUGCCUGGAAAAAGGUGUUGAAGGAAACCAAAUCUUAAUUUAGCUUGCGUUACAGGUCUCAGAGCCGCCAUGAGGGCGUUUUAUAUAAUAAAUAAAUGAAUGAAUAUUAGUGGAUAAAACUGGAUGAUGGUUUAUUAAUCUAAAUUUUCUGAACUCUUAAAUGAUAAAUGACUGUCUUUAUAAGAAAA